AUGACUUCGAAGGGCGAUGACUAUGACCUUGAGUCUCGUGGUUACUCCCGCGAAAUGCCACGUCAGUUCUCUGUGUUCAGUCUGGUGGCCCUUUCAUUUAGCUUGACCUGUACUUGGUCAGGCACUGGCUCUUCGCUGGGCGUGGCAAUUCAAGAGGCAUCUGCUGCUGGGGCUCUUUGGUCUAUUCCCGUGGCAGGUGCUAUGACAGCCAUUCUUUCUGCUGGCGUAGCAGAGCUGGCAUCUGCAUUCCCUGUCGCGGGUGCUCAAUACUACUGGACGUUUUGCCUUUCCUCAAAGGAGUACCGAUCUUUCGCAUCUUAUAUCAAUGGCUGGCUCAGUAUACUGGGAUGGUGGCUCGCCAGUGCAUCCGCAUGCAACUUUAUCGCAUCUCUACUUCUAUCAAUUGCCUACCUCUGGUACCCUGACUAUGAAGCAAAAAGCUGGCACCAGUGGCUGGUCUACGUCGGUAUUAUUUGGCUAGCCGUGGCGCUGAACACUUUUGGCUCUCAAAUUCUACCACUGUUCAACCGCUUUAAUUGUGAGCUUCUGCCUGUACCUGUUCUGCUUGACGACCUGCUCACACAAUCCACAGUCAUCGUCGCCUGCUGUACCCUGACUGCAACCACAAUCACCCUUUUCGUCUGUAGUCGAAAUGACCAUGCCCCCGCUACCUGGGUUUUUGGUGACACAACCAAUGGCACCGGAUGGCCAAGUGAUGGACUGGCUUUUAUUCUCGCCAUCAGCAAUUCCGUGUAUGCCUUCCUAGGAACAGACUGUGGCGCCCAUCUCUGUGAGGAGAUCCGUGACCCAGCCAAAAAUACACCCAAGAUCAUUUUGUUUCCUAUCCUGAUUGGGCUGGGGACUGCUUGGCCGUUUGCUUGCGCGUGCAUGUAUGCCAUCACAGAUGUCCAAGCUGUGUUGGAUACACCUUCUGGUAUUCCUCUGAUCGAAAUCUACUAUCAAAGCACCAAGUCCAAGGGUGCAUCCUCGGUCCUGCUGGCUCUGUUUGCCUUUUGCUUUUUCGGUUGCACUGUCGCUAAUGGUACCACAUGCUCAAGAACCAUAUGGGCAAUCUCUCGUGAUGGUGCGCUGCCAUUUAGUGGAAUCUGGUCAAAGGUGAACCCGAGGUUCAAGAUUCCGCUCAACGCUUUAUGUCUCUCCGCCACUGUCAUCUCGCUAUACGGUCUCAUCUUCUUAGGAUCUACAACCGCCUUCUCGGCAAUGGUCGGUGCAGCAGUCAUCUUUUUGCAAACAUCAUGUGCCCUCCCACAGGCGAUCGUUCUUUGGCGCGGUCGAGACAAAGUCCUCCCAGAACGAGCAUUUUCACUCGGCAAGAUGGGCCCCGCUGUCAACUUCAUUUCUGUCAUCUGGGUCUUGUUCUUGGACAUCAUCUUCUUCCUGCCUACGGAGAGGCCGGUGACCAAGGAAAACAUGAACUAUGUCUCCGUUGUGUCCGUUGGCCUGACCCUCUUCGUCCUCGGUUUGUACUUCUUUUCAAAAAGAGGAAAAUUCAACGGGCCUCGGGUCCUCGACACACAUGCUGUGAUGAUUGAUGCUGUUUCUGCCGGAGAACAGAGGCAAGAUCAAAGCAUGGAUACAAAUACGGAGAAGAAAGCUUGA